AUGUUCAUCUUGUCGCAUUGAGUAAAUGUCUCUAUUUCAGCAAGCGCAGUUCCAUGUCGUCGAGCUGGCGAUGCUCGUUAACCACCGCGUUACACUGUGUAAUAGUUACUUAAAUGUCUCGUAGAAAAUCUGAGGCCAGUACAAAACCUUUUCAAUAUGUUAUUCUAUUAGAAAAUAAUGUGUGAAAAAAACAUUUUUGUAAUCACAAAGCCGUAUUUGUCUUCCGUCUUCAUUUCAAUGUGAUUUCAAUGAUUUUGAUAAAAAGAUAGAAUUCUUGUGAUAAAAAUUGUCGUCUAUAGACAACGGAAAAGUGAAACGAUCGAGCUAACUGCAAAGCUGCUCGUUAGGAUCUGCCGAGCCCGCAUUAUCUGUGAUAUACAGCUCAGCCUCUCGUCCGUCCUAAAAGGGCUGGGCCACUCGGGGCUUGAGGCGUGUCCGCAGCAGCUUCAGCGGUGAUCUCACCCGCCCUCGCCAGAGGCACAAACACUGCUACCUGCUUAUGACUGCAUCACUACGAACCAUUGUUACUUAGUCUUAAUCGAAACAAUAUGCAAUCUGUGAAAAUAAGUAUAAUACUAGGUGGAUAUUGUAGAAAAUUAUUCUAUUUAUAAUAAUUGUCUGAUGUCUAAUGUUUCUGUAAUAUUAUGUGUUCCACAUUUAAUUAAGGAUAAUUGUUAUUCCAAUAUUGAUACUGUUACCGAACCAAUGCAAUGUAAUUACUCCACCUCCAUGUCGGUGGUGAUCACAAAUAAAUUUGGUGCUUAUAAGCGAGUCGAAGAGAAGAAUGAAAGUCAGCGAGUUAGUGUAAAAAUGGUAGAUAAUAAUAUUUAUAAUGUAGAGUUUGUUGAUAGUAUCCAACAAAACCAAAUGAUUGGCGAUACGCCUAACUACUGCAUUCCUUUAAAGAUUAACGCCAUAACAGUCCAGGGUAUCUCAUACAGUGACCCGUAUUUCAGUAGCUUUAACUUAAACUAUAAGAUGGCGUUGGGAGCGCCGGAGUAUAUGAACAAGUCUGAUUACGCUUUUAAAUCCUCAGUUUGUAUUAUACAAGAUGAGCCUUGCACGGACAAGACGCUACUAAAACAUAUGUCUGCUCAUAAAAUGAUAUGUAAAACGAACACUCGAAUCAAUAUGUCUUACGACAAGUCUCUUGAAACCGACCAUGACAAUAAAGUGAAGCAUGUUAGUAUUGAAACACCAAAGCAACCACACAAAGUGAAGACUUUUGCCAACGGUGAGCUAACAUUCGAUGCAAUGGUGGAGUUGCUUGAUAAGGAGAAUGAGAUCCUCAUAGAAUUGAGGAAGACUGAAGGUGCGAACUCAUGGGGAGUCCCACGCAGAUUACGGCUGGUUGGUGGCGGAGAGAGCUCACUCAAUGCUGCCAGUGGCUGGGGCAGCCCGCCUGCAUCUAAUAAUGCUGCGAAUUGGGGUGGUAAUUCCAGUGGCCAAACAAAUAACGGAACUAAUAAUACUCAACAGUGGAACAACACCCAGCGGCCGCCCACUUCCCAAGCUGACAUGAACAGUAACAAGGGGAAUGGCAAUCAGAUCCCGCCGACCAGUGCAGCGUCGCAGAGUUGGCAAUCCUCCCCGCCUAAUAUGCCAAAUUCACAGCAGAACAACAAUGGUGCACCUCAAAGUAAUGGCACAAACAAUGCUGCCAACGCUAACGGCAAUGGUGCCAACCCCGCGAGCACAAACGGGCCGUCUUCGAAUGGCAGUAACGGGAAUUCGAAUAACAAUUCCUCGGCGAAAAUAGAACAGCUGAACUCCAUGCGAGAGGCGUUGUACAGCCAGGAUGGCUGGGGAGGCCAACACGUGAACCAAGAUACUAAUUGGGAUGUGCCUGGGUCCCCCGAACCGGGUUCGAAAGUUGAGCCUGCCACCGCUGGAGCCCAACCGGCUUGGAAGCCGAGUAUUAAUAAUGGUGCUUUUCUCGGAACUGAUCUUUGGGAGGCUAAUUUGAGGAACGGGGGACAGCCUCCGCCGCAGCCCGCUUCGAAGACUCCAUGGGGACACACCCCUACGACGAAUAUCGGGGGCACAUGGGGCGAAGAUGAUGACGCUGCGGAUACUGGGAACGUUUGGACGGGGGCUCCUCCUCCCCAGCAAUGGCCGGCUGGACCUCCCCAACAUACGCAGCAAUGGGCAGUACCGAAGAAAGACGACUGGAAUGCUUGGGGUGAACCUCACAGGCCUUCUGACCCGAGACUGGACCCUCAUCGUACUCCAGACCCGAGGCAGCAGCCCGCGGACCCGCGCCAUGACUUGCGCGGAGGAAUCUCGGGGCGACUCAAUGGAGAUAUGUGGAGCCAGCAUCAUCAACAUCCUAGCGGGCCUAAUAAGAUGAUGCCCGCUAGCAGUGUUAACCAAUGGGGUGCACAGGGCCCCAAAGAACCGAUCAAGUCAUCUGGAUGGGAAGAGCCCUCCCCACCAGCGGCGCGUCGUACCGGCACCGGUUUUGACGACGGCACAUCACUAUGGCAACGCGGUAUGGGCGGCAUGUCUCGAGGAGCACCCCAAGGCCCGCCCGCAUCCCAAAGAAUCGCACCCGCACCCACCAAGCCUGAUGCGGUGUGGGGAGCCCAUUCCCAGAGAAACGGGUCCUGGGAGGAACCUCACGCCACUGGAUGGGGGGAAAGAGACGUCCCUGCUUGGCCCGAUGCGUCUGGCCCAGCUCUAUGGCCAGUCCCUAAGCCAAAACCCAGUGGACCUGCUGCCUGGCCUGAUGACAUUGGAGAGUGGGGUGGACCCAAGCCUCCUCAGAGCGCAAUGCCCCAUGGCAAGCAGCUGCCCAAGGAGAUGGUGUGGAACAGCAAGCAGUUUAGAUACCUCGUCGAGUUGGGCUACAAGAAGGAAGAUGUGGAGGCAGCGCUCCGCAGCCGCGACAUGAAUGCCGAGGAAGCCUUGGAAGCACUAGUAGCCGCACGUGGAGAUGGCUGGAGACGUGACGACCAUUUCCACCACGGGCCCUUCCAGCCACAGCCCACCGUGCCUUCGGUGCCGCCCGCUGUCGUGCAGAAGCUGCUCAACCAGCCACCACCGCCUUCCGUGCAGCAUCAUCCCUCUUACAACCCGAAUAGUGGAACAGGAAGCAGCGGUCAGCCUAGCACGGCUCAACUGCGCAUGCUCGUGCAACAGAUCCAAAUGGCCGUCUCUGCCGGGUACUUGAACCACCAGAUCUUGAACCAACCGCUGGCGCCACAGACUCUGGUCCUGCUUAACCAGCUACUGCAGCAAAUCAAAGUGCUGCAGCACCUGGUACAGCAGCACACGCUGGCCAUACCGAAGCCGAACUCGUCCGUCGCGAUGCAGUUUUCUAUGCAGAUUACGAAGGCCAAGCAACAGAUUACUGGUCUCCAGAACCAAAUAGCAAACCAGCAAGCGCUAUACAUGCAGAAGCAACAAACCGGUGGCAGCGACUUGUUCAAGCAGAGUCAUGACCCACUCGCGCCGCUGCAUAACAACUUCAGUGACUUGAACAUUAAAGACUCACAAUCCGCGUACGGCCCCGGCAACCAGCAGUCACGCUUGACCCAGUGGAAGCUGCCGUCUCUGGACAAAGACGGCGAAGGAACCGACUUCAGCCGCGCACCUGGCACGGCUAAGUCUGCCACCAGCCCGCAGCUCGGCCAGAUUGGCCUGCAACCUGAGUCUACAUGGGGCAUGGGCCGCGCGUCAGAAGGCUGGGGCGAUUCUGGCGCAGACGUGGCUGACGGCAAGGACACCUGGCCAUCCCACGCCACUCACCCGCCUGCUUAUGAUCUGGUGCCCGAGUUCGAGCCAGGCAAGCCCUGGAAGGGCAACCAAAUGAAGAACGUGGAAGACGACCCGGCUAUGACCCCGGGCUCAGUCCGUUCUCCACUCUCACUGCCCAGUAGUAUAAAAGACACUGACAUGCUGGGAGGCAAGACGUCCCCACCAGGGGGUGAGAGGUCCCUAUCCUCAUCCACCUGGAGUUAUGCACCCCCCGCCACGUCCGCUGGGGCUCUGAAGCCCAUGGACGCGUGGAGCGCCAAGCCUCGCCCUGCUCCACCAGGCUUGGCCAAGUGGCCUCAACACCACGUGAACUCACGCCCUGUGACGUCUUGGCAAGCGUCCACUUGGCUGCUUUUGAAGAACCUCACUGCUCAGAUCGACGGCUCGACUCUGAAGACCCUGUGCCUGCAGCAUGGGCCUCUACAGAAUUUCCACCUAUAUUUGAACCAGGGACUGGCACUGGCACGCUACGCGACGCGCGAGGAGGCUGCUAAGGCCCAGAUGGCGUUGAACAACUGCGUUUUGAGCAACACUACGAUCUUCGCGGAAUCGCCCGCCGAGUCUGAGGUGCAGAUGAUUUUGCAGCACCUCGGCCAGGGCGGCGGAGGCGCCUGGCGCGGCGGCGGCGGCGGCGCCAAGGACGGCUGGGGUGGUGGUUUUCCUGGCUUAUGGCCGGAACAGCACGAGCAACGUGCAACACCCUCCUCUCUCAACUCGUUCCUGCCGCCGGACCUCCUCGGCGGGGAGUCCAUCUAAACACCCACCCGCCGGCCCUGUGACCCACAUGGAGGUACCACCAGAUUUCAAACAGAUGCAAAAUUCCCGUGAAAGCAUCGGAGAAUUAUGACAAGCGUUAUAACGCGUCGAGUUGGAAUCUUGUAUGCGACGCAGUGGCGUGCACAGCGUUCGAACUUACGCAUGUGAGCAGUGCGCACGCCACCGCUGUGAAGGAGCACGGGGCUCGCCCGCUGGUGUCUAGUUGUAAUUACGCUUCGCCGACCCCCGUACGGGGCCGGACUAAUUUUAUUCGCCUAGUCACAUCGAGUCGGACGCGAGGCGACGCGCCGCGCCGUCUCGCGCCCGCCGUAGCCAACUGUCCACAAUACUAUUAUCUACUGUUUCGUAAGUGUUCAUGUAGAUUAUUUAGUGUACAUAAGAAUUAUACAUAUACAACGUCAGACAUAUAAUGUACGGAGGGUCACAGCGGCGGGCGCGCGCGGUAUGACAGCGCCGCCCGCACUCGCGGCUCCUGUAAAUUACCAAAUAAUGUAAGCUGUCGCGUAGAGUAGUUGUCGCGGGCUACCUCAGUCACUCGUCCCGUGGCCUUAAUUUAGUCUGUAUUUAUUUUGUUGCGCUCCAGGGCUGUUGCUGUUUCGCCCGGCGAGCUGUUGCGUUCCGAGUUUCUUUCGUGUUUUUACAAAGUGUUUAGACAGCCACAAACGAACGUUUGAGUUCAAAAAUUAUACGGCCACUGGUGAAGUUUGUAAAUUAACCAUUAAAGAUUGAACUUUAAUAGUUUGCGUUAAGGAUCAAAUUUUAAAAGCUAAUAGAAACUUUUUGCCGGAUAUUUUACUGUCGCACGACCGCUUGUGGCCGACUCGACACUUUCGUUUUUAUAAUCGUGAUUUUGUCGCAUACGCCUAAACGUAUUUAAUUAUUAUAAUAUUAUUUAUUCAUUUUUUGAAUCCUCACUCUCGAUGAGCCCUGUUUUCAACUUCUACACUUAGUGAUAUUUAUAUUCAGCAAUAAAAAAAAAUAUUAAGUGCAUUUCGCCCGGUUAUCGAAGUUUUUAUUAUUAGUUGGUAAUUUUAAUGAGAAUAACAAAAAUCGAAAUGGAUGAGAUUCGAAGUGCAUUCUUGUAGAGAUAAAUUCCUUUAAGCCGUAUAGUCUGAGUGGGAAGAAGGAGGUCGGCGGUGCCGGCCGCCGACGCAUCUUGCCGGGCGGGCCGACGCCGGACCGGUCCGCCGGACGUCACGGGACGUGUCCGUCCGAUCCGCCGGACGUCAACGGACAUCGCCGGUCCGGUCCGGCGCUCGAGUUCCGCCGAUGCUAACGUUUCCCCAAAUUUUUUCCAGUAUUUGUGAUUCAAGUGCCACUUUAAGUUUAAUAUAUGAAACGAUUAUCUAGAUUAUACGAUUAAUGUAAGGGUAACCUAAUAUAUUAAAUUGAAAAUUGUUUUAUCAUUUUAUAUUACAUACAUUUGUGAGAAGUGUUAUAAAGUACUAUAAUUGACCGUAAUUUAAAUAUUACACUUUUGUGUAUAGGUAAGGAUAAAGUUCUAACUUAAAUUUAGCCAUAUCAAUAUCUAUUUAAUAAAAGAUUUGUGGUAUUUUCUAUAGGCUCAAUUUAAACGUUAUUCAAAGUGACAUAUGCUUUAGAUAUUCUGUUAAUAAUAUACUUGUAGUCGUAGGUCUGUCGGUAUUACACGAUCGUAGAUAUAAGCGUACCCCUAGGUCCGUCGCAGCUUGCGACGAGCGUACUAUGAUAUAUUACGGCAACGAUCGCACUUGUAAAUGUUCGUUACUAUAAAGGUUUAUUUACAUUUUUAUUUACUAUUUAAUUUAUUGAUGGUGUGCCACAGAGAUACUCUGCCAAAAUAUAUCAGUACCAAUAUGUAAAGGGAUUAGCUAGUAGAGGCGAGCCGGAUCGCACACGCCCCUCCGCGCAGCCGAGGCGGCCUCGCGGGAAGCAAUCGACUAUAAUAAUGUACAUUAUGUAUUUUGAGCAUCUUCCAGUGAUCUUUUUAAUUAAACGUUACGAUUUAGUGCUAAGUUAGGUGUAAGUGAUCGCUGUACCUUGUCGAGUCUCCGCUCGAUGACUUCACAAACUAUUGAGAUAAGUUGAACGGUUGAACGUGUCGUGCGUCUGAACUCUUCGACCGCUUGGAACCCGUAGAUCUAGUGAUUAAUGUUUCGAUGUAUGAUGUGUUCAAUUAGUAACGAUAUUAGCAUUUCUCAUUACCGUAUAUCACCUAUAGUGGGACCGAUUCGACGGUUUUUCGAAGCCACCUCCUAUCUGUUGCAUAUUCUUCAUCGCCUUUUGAAAAAAAAAAAAGAAAUGUAAAAAAAAAUACAGCUUGUAACUACAAACGAUCACAGUACUAGUUCUAGCGUGACCAGUUUACGAUAUAUUUGUCUAAAGAUAUUUUUACUAUAAAAUUUUGAAUAGUAUUAUUAAAGGCUCGGUGUAUGCAACUCGGAAAAAGUGUCGGUUUCGCCUCUUCGAGAGGCCCCGCUGCGGACUUUGCGAAUGACUUAUAAUGUAAGGUGCCAAAGAAUGAGUAUCAAAGAUAUUGAUGACACUGUAUUUGGAACACAUUUGAUCGCAUCUCUGAUUAGACAUAUCUUCCAAAUUGUUUUGUGGAAUUAGUUUUCGGUACGGGUUAUUGAUCUGAUGUUCCUAAGCCAUUGGGCGAACUCUAACCAACAAUAGUGCAUUUUGCUCGAAGACUACGUAACUUUUUAACUAUACCAUUACGAUCUUCGCAAGAAAUUCUCUAUUCGCUGAACAUAACCGUGCUAAAAUAAUAUAACUACAACUAUGAAUAAUUUGUAUUAGUACAUUAAUUACGACACAAUAUAAGAAGUGAUAUCAACUCUUGAUAUAAUAAUACUUUAUGCUACUUUUUGUUGAGUAUAAUAUUAAUUAUUAACACUUAGGAUAAAUUAAUUACUUAAUUAAAUUAAUUUUAUAUAGGGGAGGGUCACGCGAAUGUGCCAGUGACAAGUGAAGAGGCGAUUAACUAAUGCCGUAAUUAAUGUAUGGUUCCAAAUGUCAACGAAUAGGAAUCAUUGCGACGAUCGCAAUGAUUGCAAUUUGCAACAGUUACGCGUUCUACCUCUCGAGCGGGCCGAUGUCAAUCCUAUUGUCUAGCUCAAUUCAAUUAAUGGUGUUUCUUUCAAUCGAUUAGGUAAAGGUGAAAACAAACUAUUGUAUUGUAGUGUGUCUUAAUACUGAAGGCGAUUGACGAUAUAUGUAAGUCUUUCGUUUGACUGAGACAGCUAUAGACUAGGCUUUGGGUUGUGGGAGGGUGACAGGGACGUUGAUUUUUUUUUUGUUAACUUUAUUGCACAACCAAAGAUUAUACGAAAUGCGGACUUAAGACUUGAGAACCUUAUCUGCCAGACAACUUGUGAAAUAGGAAUGGUUUAUGGAAAGAAAGGUGUGAGAGACGCGUAGUGGGUGAGCUCAAAAGCAAUGACUAGUCUGAAAUUAAAUGAUACAAAAAACUUAACACUUAAAUAAAUAUAAUAAAGUCGGAAUACUUAAAGUGUAAAAAAAUAUUGAAUAUUCUACACAAGUAUGGGCUUGUUCAGUAGCCUUUUCUUGACUAGCCUCUUAUAGGAGAAUUUGAUUUUUAUGUUAACAUGUCUCCGUUCCACAAUCGCCCUACCUAAAGAGCCGUUUCAGUGAAAUGGUUUAUAACGCGUACAAAGUUUCAAUGGGAUCGCCAUUUUUGCUUUAUCUGUCAACUGUCAUUUGAAAAGUACGGUUAGCCACUUGUCUAGCGUGACGCUCUGAUGCGCUCCGAUUGGCUGGUUUCUAUGCCUGAAUUAGUUGUGACUCGAGACUCCACUACACAGUGUGUUUUCAUCUUUAUUUGUUCUUUAAACUCUCCGGUGCCGCUCUGUCCAGGUCUGCACCGUUCGAUGUUGCCUCAUACGCAGUAGUCUGGUCGUAAAUGUGAAUUUAUUACAGCAAUAAAGUUCAAGAGUUAAUUUUUAUAAAGAUUUUCCAUUUUUUACGAUGAAAAAAAAUUUUUAGACGAGCCGAGUAACCGAAAGUAUAAGGAUCCAGUGCCCUGUAGAAGUAUGUUGUCCAUAGAUUAAAGACGAAAGAAGUCAUGCCUUGAAGUUUUUUAGUCAGUUAAAUGUAAACAGUACUUAAGUAAUGAGUAUGUUAUUAUAAAGAGACAUAAUAUAGGCGUUGUGGUGUAGCGGUGUUAGGGCACUCCUCACAUACGGGCGCAUCACACAUUGCUGUAACUUAACAAGGCUUAAGACAGUUACAUACUCUUUAAAUAGUCGAUUAUUAUUGAUGUUGUAUAUAGUGUGUGAUAGCUCAAAGUGUGGAGGGGCCGUAAGGUGUCGGUAAAGCGGCGAGCGGUACGAAAUCGCGAGUCAUUCUGCUAGUUAGCUAGGCGAUACUUAUGUGCAAUGGCAAUACACUGAAGGCUUCAUAUUUUUGAUAUCCGAUAAGAGAGACAGGUCGAGACAUUGAAGGAUUCUGCUAGCUACCAUCCUCUUGAGCAAAGCAUUAUGCGUUGAAAGUCAAUUUAAAUUUGUAUGGUGCGUUCUCAGUGAUGACUGGAGAUUUCCAAGCAAUAUUUUCAUGUUUCGUCUUUCAGAGCCUUGAUUUAAAAAUAUUUUUGUCAAAGGCUGGUAGCUAAUAGUAAUCAGUGUGUUUUUCAGUUGUUCGCAUAUCAUAGCUCAUAAAACAGCUCAAUGUUCUACUAGUUUACGUCAUCGACUGAACAUCGUUUAUAGUUGUCGUUCACACGUUAAUUGCACGCGUAGAAUUACUGUGACGUCGACAGAGCCCGUGAACGUAACGCGAGAUCGCUCACCGCGACUUUUUGCAGCGAUACAGUCGCAAAGUCGUGGUACAGUAAGUAGCAAUGUGUCGCUGGUCCAUAAACCUUUGCCCACGAUUCCGUAUCGCUACUCGCUAGAAUCGCGUUCAAGAUAAUCGCUAUAAACGUCGUCCUGGGCGAUGUCACUAAGCUGUCAACGGACAAAAAAAGUUUGAAUAGAUAUUCAGUGUGUUGUCAUGCACGCGCCGCUGCGCCGCGCCGUAGGUUGUGAGCGGCCUCGCGCCGCACUAACUGAAUCUCCUCUCGGUUCAAGGACUGCAUAUUUCCUGCACACAAUUGCGCCACGUGCAAUUUAGUCUGUGUUAUAUUAUUAUGUUGUUGUAUAUUUAUAUCUUACACCGUAUACAGUAAUAUGUAUAUAUUGUGAAAUUAUAUUCUUAAAAGAUUUUAAUACGCUUCACGCUUCACUUUCUAACAUUUUUCGUGAUUCGUUUCUGUUAUCUAGAAUAAAUUUACGUACCUAAAAGUAAUUAUAAUAAUUAUCAUAGAUUUAAAUGUAAGAAAAUAAUAAUAGUAAAAUGAAAAAAAAAAAUUAAAAAAAAAAACUUAUAUAAAAAU